AUGCAACAUUUCAGAUACUUCCCGAACUGGUUAUACGCUAACUAUCCAGUAGAAAACAUCCCUUUUACAAAGUAUACCCACAUCAAUUACGCAUUUGCCAUACUUAAUAAUCCCGACAAUAUCCCAUCUUUCUCUGAUGAUUGGGCUAUCGAAGCCUAUUUACCCCAAGUUGUCAAGCUCGCUCAUGAAAACAAAACCAAGGUUUUGUUAUCAGUAGGAGGUUGGACCGGCUCCAAAAGAUUCAGUCCUAUGGUAGCUUCUGCUGAUUCUCGUCAGAAAUUCAUUGAUUGGAAUCUCGACUUCAUUGACAAGUACAGUACCGAUGGCGUGGAUUUGGACUGGGAAUAUCCCGGAAAGCAGGCAGCUGGCUGUAAUGAAUUUGCUGACAAUGAUGCAGACAAUUUUUUGUUGUUACUCAAAGAAUUACGUGAGGCACUGGAUACAAAAUAUCCCAACGAACACAAGGAAAUCUCGAUGGCCGUCCAUGUUCAACCUUUUAUCAAAUCCGGCGUACCAAUGACCGACCUCAAAGCUUUUGUUCCUUAUUUCGACCAUGUCAAUUUAAUGACCUACGACAUUAAUGGUGCUUGGGCUUCCACCACGGGCCCUAAUGCCCCCUUUCAAGUGGCCGGGGACGGCAAAGGUGCACCUUUUUCAUUUGUCGAAAGUAUACGAGAUUGGAAAGCCGCCGGUGUUCCAAGCAACAAGAUAACUGCCGGUUUAGCUUUCUAUGGCCGUUCCAUGAAGGCUCAGGGUGAUAUGACAAUAGAUAAGAGUCAGUUUCAAGAUUCCGUUGCUGGUGCUCCUAAAGGAGACUCUGAUGAUGCUUAUUGGGAUGAUCCUUAUUGUAACAAGGAACCUGGAGGACUUUCCGGUAUCUGGAAGUGGUCCAAUCUUCGUAAAGAAGGUCUUUUAAAAGACGAUUUCGUUACACCCGGUGAGGGAUGGCAACGUAACUGGGAUGAAGUUUCCCAAACUCCUUGGUUAUUUAACCCUGAGACUAAAAAUUUCAUCUCAUAUGAUGACCCUCAAUCUUUAAAUAUAAAAGUGGAGCAUGCUGUUUGCGAAGAUUUAGGUGGUGUUAUGGUUUGGUAA